AGUGACUGUGCAGCCCUGGUGAUGUCUGCAUAACAAGCAUAUAUAUUAAAUUUUGAUAAAAUAGUUCCAAUAUUGACGGAUAUGUGUUACUGUUGUGUGGCAGGAGUUCGUGUCCAGACCCCGCUCCAACAUAAUGUUUUUACGCCCGUAUCACCUACACAUGCUGAAGACCAUUGGAAUCGUUACGCUCAUCGUGUACUUGGCGCUGCCCUUCCGGUUUGCGUCCCACUACGACUAUAUCGAUGGCGCUCAAAUAGAGGAGGCGCUGCUGCCGCAGGUCACGCUAAAUGUCUCCCUGCAGGAGGUGUUCGAGUGCACAUACACGGACAUCAUUUCCAACAACAGAUUUGUGUACAGCAGCGCCCACUACCACGAGAACGUCCAGCAUGAGGAGGAGAUCAGGCCAGGAGGCGAAUUCAUGCCGGAGCAUUGUCAGGCGCGGUACAGCACCGCCAUCAUUGUGCCCUACCGGCAGAGGGAGAAACAGCUGCACGCCUUCCUCACCUACAUGCACAACUAUCUGCGCCAGCAACUGAUCCAUUAUCGAAUAUUUCUGGUCGAGCAGUACGACCAAAAGCCCUUCAACCGCGCCAUGCUCUUCAACAUUGGCGCCAAGGUGGCGACCGAGUACGGUUUUCCGUGCCUCAUCCUGCACGACGUGGACCUCAUGCCGCUCAACUCUGCCCAGAUGUACGCCUGUGUGGAGAAGCCCCGUCACAUGUGCUCGGCGCUGGACCACUGGCGCUUCCACCUGCCCUACCAAGGCCUCUUUGGCGGCGUGGUGUCCAUAACUUCCUUGCAGUUUAAGCAGAUAAACGGCAUGUCCAAUCUCUACCAUGGCUGGGGCGGCGAGGACGAUGAUCUCUAUGUGCGCAUAAUGGCCGAGGCAAUUGGCAUCUGCCGCUUUGCACCGGAGUACAGUGAAUACACGAUGCUGAAGCACAAGCCGGAGCAUCGCAAUGAGAAUCGUGUGGCACUGCUUCGAGCCGCUAAAAUGCGUCAGCACAUGGAUGGCCUCAGCUCGCUGGUCUACAAGGAGGUGGAACGACGAAUGCACAGCCUGUUUACGCACAUUCUGGUGGAGACCUAAGUGCGGCGAUUCAGUAUUGUUAAUCAGCUUUUAGGUUUUAACUAUUUGUUAGGGAACUAGCACUAGGACUAGGAUAUCAGUGGUUGAUAUUCACCCAACUCGGGGGCUUGUUAGUUAGUCGCACUUUUUUAGUGGCUGGCAUUUUGAAUUGUUUUAGAUUUGGGAUGCACAAAGCGUAGUUUAGCAAGAGAUUAGAUACUUCGUGAUAUCUCCACUCAUUAGGCUAAGACGGGAAACAAAGCUGUUAUGGAAUGUUAUGGAAAAUAGUACAAUGUGGAAAUCUUUUCAAUAAGACUAUUAUAAUCAUGUUUAAGCACCACACGCUCUGCCAUCUGCCAAAAAUAA